UGCGGCCGGGUUUCCACAACUUAGAUCUCUCAAAGGAAACCGUCCGGCCGCCCCUUUCCCUUCUACCUCUCCGCCACCGUAACUCACAAUCACCGCCACCGCUAUCCACCACCAUCUGCCGCCGCCCUCCGCCCAUUUGUUCUACUACAAGGUACCUAAACAGUCUCUCUACUGUUCCAUUUUUCAACACCUGAAUUCUUCAAACAUUAAUACUUAUUAUCGAAGUUAGUUAUGGUCAAAGUUUGACCAGAUUAACCUCUGUCACUUUUCAUGUUCUCUAUUGCUCAAUUAGGUCACAAAUUUGUUCGUUUCUGCCACAUUUCACGCUCUUUAUGUAGCCACACCAAUAGUUUUAGUGACGGAAUUAACCGAAUUGAGCAAUACUUAAAUAGUAGUUUUGCAUAUGAUGAAACCCCAGAAGAAGAUUCAGUUGAUUCUGUUAGUACCAGUGGCAGAUAUGAAGAAUUCAAUAGAUCAACUUUUAUAAAAAAAUCGAAAUAUAAUGCUACUUUAGCCUUGAAAGUAUUACAACAAGACGGGCCCGGUUUCGAUACGAAACUAGCUUUAGAUCGGUUAGAAUUCGAGGUAUCGGGUUUACUCGUGCGCGAGGUUCUUAUAGGAAUUUUAAAGAACAUGAAUCAUGUUAACCGAGAGCGAUGUGCUAAGCUCGGGUACAAGUUCUUUGUGUGGUCAGGUCGAAAGGAGAAUUAUAAUCAUACGGUGAACACGUACCAUUUGAUAAUGCAAAUCUUUGCGGAAGCAGAGGAGUAUAAAGCGAUGUGGAGGUUAGUUGAUGAAAUGACGGAGAAAGGGUAUCCUGUUACGUCGAGAACGUUUAAUAUAUUGAUAUGUACGUGUGGUGAGGCGGGUGUGGCGAAGAAAGUUGUGGAACGGUUUAUAAAGUCGAAGUCUUUCAACUUUCGGCCGUUUAGUCAUUGCUUUAAUGCGAUAUUGCAUUCGCUUCUUGCUGUAAAGCAGUAUAAGCUGAUCGAAUGGGUGUAUCAGCAGAUGUUGACCGACGGUUAUGAACCGGAUUCGUUGACGUAUAAUAUUAUUAUGUAUACGAAAUUUCGACUUGGGAAAUUGGGUCAGUUUCAUAAUUUGUUCGAUGAAAUGAGCCGAAGCGGAUAUCCUCCAGACGUUCAUACGUUUAAUAUUCUUCUUCACAUUCUCGGUAAAGGAGACAAACCCGCAGCGGCGGUUGACCUUUUGACCCACAUGAAGGAAGUUGGAAUCGAGCCCAACGUUCUUCAUUUCACCACGUUAAUAGACGGGUUAAGCCGCGCUGGAAACAUGGAAGCCUGCAAAUACUUUUUCGACGAAAUGGUCAAUUACGGAUGUGAUCCCGAUGUGGUAGCUUACACUGUUAUGAUCACCGGAUACAUUAUGGUCGGACAGUUAGAAAAAGCCGAGGAAAUGUUUUCCGAAAUGUUUAAUAACGGGAAAAUUCCGAAUGUUUACACUUACAAUUCGAUGAUUCGUGGGCUUUGUAUGGCUGGGAAGUUUGAGUACGCGUGUUUGAUGCUUAAAGAAAUGGAAUCUAGAGGGUGUAAUCCUAAUUUUCUUGUGUAUAGUACGCUUGUAGGCUAUUUGAGGAAAGCGGGAAAAUUUUCCGAUGCUCAUGAGGUCAUAAAACAAAUGGUGGAAAAGGGUCGGUAUACGCAUCUUCUUAAUAAAAUUAGGAGAUAUCGAAGAUGCUAAUGUUGUAAUAGUAUUUUUGUUUCGGGUUCAUAGUUAGUUAUGGUUCUUACAUGACAUAUUUAACAAAAUGAAAGCCGCCAUUCUUUUUUCA